CUUAUCUAUUUCAAUUCCCAUGUUUUUCUUAUUUUUGAAGUUGCCUUCCCAAGCACUGACCCCACUUUCCAGACAACUUCCGUCGUCUUGGUCACACAUUGAUCAAAAGAUUCUCCAGGUUGACUGUAGUGACUUGUUCUCAAGGACUGUUGGGUUUUCACCUUCAGGCAUGUGCAGCUUAACUUCUCCAUCAGUUCCAGACGGUUUUCUUUGUGACUUAGAAGAACUCAAUUCCUUGGCAUUAGCAACCUCCCAGACUGUAGCAAUCUCCCCAGGUAAUAGCAUUCACCAUGUUAAGGAUGGUCACUUUAUGCCAAAUACAGAGGUGUUUCUCAGCUCUCCUACAGAUCUCCCUCUGUCCUCUCUUGUAUCUCCCUCUGUCUCAUCUUCAGCCAGCUCAUCUUAUGACAUAACACAUAAGCAUGUCAGCAACAAUACCAAGUCAGGAAAAGAUAAAGACUUAGAAAGCAUAAUUGAUUGUUUAGUUAUUGAAGUACCUAGAGAUUUCUCAGAUGCUACAAGAGAAGGUGAACACGGUGCUAUGCAUAACAUCCCUUUGCCAUAUGAAGAAGGUUCCUUGUCCAGUGUGCUAGCUGCAAGUGCUGAAAACAAAGAGGAAAUCUGUACUGCAGACCUUUCACUUAAUAAAGAGGAUCAGUCAGAAUCUCAAGAAUCAGAUUCCUCUGAAGAAGCACAAGACAAAACAGAAGAACUGACUAGACUGUAUAUAGAGGAGGAUCUGGUACAUGACAAUUUAGAAUUCCCAAUAGCAAGUGGAGAAGAUUCUAUGGAUUGUUAUGAAGGAUAUACUUCACCAGAUAUUUUUAAGGUAUUUUAAUUUCUGACUUCUGUGUUCAGAUAACUUAGUAUAAUUAUUCUCUGCCUUGUAUCUACAUGUUUGUAUUGUGCACAGGCACACUUUUAUAUAAUUGCAUUUGAUAAAACUGAGCUCUGAGCAAGAUGGUUUAAGAAGAAAGGUGUCCCUGCCCAUGGCAGGGAGGUUGGAACUAGAUGAUCUUUAAGAUCCCUUCCCACCCAAACCAUUCUGAUUCUAUGAUUAAACAUUGUCAGCGUUAGGGGGCAGUCCCUUCUCAGAAGCAGGCAUAUGCACUAUUGUAAAUUCUAUGAUGUAUCAAUUGUGUAGUCCUUUCCCUCUUGCCCCUGCUAUUUGCUGAGGAGUUUCUGAUGUGAAAAGCCAGCGAACCAUUUCCCUCCCCAGCCCAUUGCGUGCUGCCCCUUUUGAGAGAGGCCCCAGCAAGCAAAUGCUGUCAGCAGCCUGCAGAGGGAGGGACGUGUGCCUGCUGCAGAGACUCUGCGGUUUGUGCUUGGCAUGUGUCAGCUCACAGCUGAUGUAUUUAUAGCAGGCUCUGUUACAAGGAUCUGACUAACAGUAACAGAUCAGAUUAUGUUUGGCAGUUACACAAAUGCUUCCUCCCGGUUCCUCUUUGGGACCCUACAUCACUGAGCUACCCCAAAUGUGUGCUGGCCAUUAAAUGCCACAAUGUAACUAUACAGUUUGUGUGGCUCCCAGGCAUAGCUCUCUUUUCUGUUCAGCACUUACUUCAACAGACUAUUCAGGUAGUUACUUUCACUGACAGCAUGCAUGUCAGGUGCUUAGGACAGUAUGUUUUAGACCAAAUGUUAAACUAUUUAAUUACAUUUUGCCCUUUAAUUACAUUCUACCCUUAAAUGACCUGAAAAACAAAGAAGAAAAAUUAAGAAUAGAGGAGAAAUCCAUGGCCACAAAUGGCAUCAUUUUAAUGCUUUCUGAGGCAAGAUAUGUCUUCCAGAAAAGUAGAUGACUAAUAAUAAGAUUAGCGUGAGAUUUGUGAUUGUUGAGGUUAGUUACAUGUCCCCUUACUGAGCAUUUGACAUCCUUCAGCUGAUUUUGGAACACAGUUUUAUAGCAGAGCUACUUCUCAUACUUCUUAAACAUUUAAGCCAGCUCUGCUUUCUGCUGGAACAUCAAGAGACUGAUCCUCUUUUCCAUCUUUCCUCUAAUCUUCCAUUUCCCUCUGCCAAGGCACCUACUUCCCACUCCGUUCCUACAAUAUCCCUGUCUACUGCUUCCCUCUCAGCUCCUCUCCUCUCUAAACACUUAGAGCAGCAGGAGAAAGAUUCACUACAGUUAAAGGUAACUGCACCCCUUGAACAUGGAUUGUUGUAAAGCUUCGUGUCUAUUAAAUAACUGCAAGGCUAACACUUGUUUGAGUUUGAUCUUCUCAGAUGUACUGCUUUCUCUACUAAUACUAAAUAACAUAAGAAAUGGAGGAUUGAUAGGCGUUUUUCAAGUGAAACACAAGGUAAAGCUAUAACCAUUGUGAUACAAUUCAAUAGAUUAGGAGAUACCAAUGAUAGGAAAGCAGAAAGCCUUCUACUCAAUUUCAGGUUCAUACCAGGACAGCGGUGUAACUGAGUUAAUUGAAUGAAACCGAACUGUAUUCAACUAGGCAAAAACUAGAUAACAUUUGUGUUUCUGUUUUCAAUUUCAAUCCAAAGCCUGGGAGAAAAGUCAUAAAUUUCACAGGAAAGCACCACUGCUGAGGGUCAUGUUCUAAAUACCAAUUCUGUUAGUCGAGGACUGGACAAAGAUUAUUCCCUCUUCAGGACUACAUUUUGUGUCAGCAUUGAAGCUCUGUGGCAGAAAAAUGAAAACUUGGUCUAGAAAGACAAAGUUAAUUUGCAGUACUAACUUCCAGAAGAUUUGUCUGCUCAUGAAUAGGAGAAAAAGUAAUGUAAAGAGAAACUAUCCUAGAAAAGUGAUCAUUCCAUCAUUACAUCUAUAUCAUAAAUGCCCUCCUUUUUUUUUUUCUUUUCUUAAGAUCUACCCCAUUUUACAAUGUGCAUUCACAGAAAAAACAGACAUAAUGGACCUAAAGUGGUCUUAAGAUCAACAAAUCUGUUGGGUUUUUUUCUGAAGCAGGGAAGAGACAUAAGGCUUCUUUCCAGGGCAUGAAUCUGUCAUGAGCUUAGGUUUCUUCCACCUCAAAGAAGAGUAAAAUAGAGUGCUGCACUUGUGUCUGCAGCUUUUAAUAAUGUAGCAGUUGGCAGAGUGCUUUUGCUUAGCCUAACCAGAAAAAUUAAGAACAUUCCUCAUCUACACUGAAAUUCUUUUUUAGGUGACCUGUAUAUUCCUUGCCCUUAUUUGAGCAAGGUGAAAAUAAACAGAAAUUCAUAGAAUCCAAGCUGAAAAUAAAUAGAAAUAAUAUAUGUUCUUGAAACAGUAUAUGCAAACUUCAGUAACUUUUGUUAAUUUAAAAAUACAUAUGUACACAUACACACACACAUAUAUAUAUAUUUGCUAUGUGGCUUAAAACUAAAUGGAAUACAAGGAGCUAUGGGUGGGAAGUGUCAGUUUGCAUUUUGUUGGUGGGAGGGAUGUGUGCUCCAAAAAAA